AGCGCAGGUAGCCAGUACACAGAGGAAGUGCCAAGGAGAAAGGCACACGUUUGUCUUUCUCCUGCUAAUGUUCAUGUUCGUGCGUAAAUGAGAAAUAACCACACACAAUUACAGUCACAAUCCCAGUCUUUAUUCUUAUCCAUAACAAUCAUCAGUAAACCUUCCUAUUCAAACCUCUGGAUCCCGCUGCAGUCUUUCUGACCGAAGAGUUAGGCCAGACUCCCGUAGGCCAGCAUACAUCAUAUAUCCAAUAUUUCACAUACGUCACGACCAAAUAGCAGCAAUUGGUUAAAUAAAAAUGUACCCACCUACCACCGAUGGAACAAAUCCUAAUGCUGCGAGUUCAGAGGGUUUCCACAAAGUGAAACCAGCUAAAGAAUCAGGCUAGUUUCAACCUGGCUUCACCUACCAGUCUACCAGGAAGCCCUGGGACCUUGCACCUUGGAAUGCAUGAAUGUUAUAAAUGACAGCGCAGAGCGUAAUCUAAAGCUCAGCAUAGACUUCACUGGCUCUGCUAGAGGAGAAGAACAUUAUCAGAAUGUUCUGCAGGUGGUUGAAGCAUAUGGAAAGGAAACACCAAACCUGAGAAAGAGAAAGAUGUAGACAGUGUGAUUAAAGCGCAUCUAUUAAGAAUUGUUAAAUAGUUUCUUUCUUGCAGCUUCUGCAGUGAUGCUAUCACUGCAUCGAACUGUUGUGGUGAAGAGGGAGCUGAGCCGAAAAGCAAAUCAAAUUAAUUUACUGGUCAAUCUACAUUCUUCCCCUCACCUGUGGUCUUGAGCUUUGGGUAAUGACUGAAAGAACAAGAUCGUGGAUACAAGUGGUCGAAAUAAGUUUCCUCUACAGGGUGGCUGGGCGGUCCCUUAGAGAUAGGGUGAGGAGCUCAAUCACACAGGAGAGGCUCGGAGUAGAGCCGCUGCUCCUCCACGUCAAGAGGAGCCACUGAGGCUCUGGCAUCUGUCCUGGGCACCUCUCUCAGAAGGUGUUCUGGACAUGUCCCACCUGAAGGAGGCCCCAGGGAAGACCCAGGACACGCUGAUGGGACUAUGUCUCUCGGCUGGCCUGGGAAUGCCUUCAGGUCCCUCUGGAGGAGCUGUAGGAAGUGUCUGGGGUGAUGGAAGUCUGGGAGUCAUUGCUUAGACUGCUGCACCUGCAACCCAGCCCCAGAUAAGCAGAAGAAAAUACAUGGAUGAAUGGAGUUUCUUAUUGAUGCUUUGACAAGUCAGUGACCUCCUUAAAAUGUUUCACAUUGACAAAAAACCUCAUAAGAAGACAGAUUCUCAUAAAGUACACUUGCUGCUUGAACUGGCUAAACUAAGUGAAGUCAUGUUUUUGCAAAGAAACAGAAAUGCUUUUAUCUGCUGCAGCACGUGUAGGGGAAGAUAUGAUCUCUAAAUGUCAUACAAGAAUACAUGGCUGAGGACCUGAUCAUGAAGAGUGGCUGUUUGGACUUAAAGGAUUAUGUGAUCUGAGAUGCCUCCAGUCAUUUGGAGUAGACAAGUCUUACUCCUCUUUUUCUGUAUCUAUUGGAUUUUGUUUCCCUCAUUUUUCUGCACCAAGUUUGAAAGCCUUGGAAAUCUUACAGUAGAACCACCUGUUCCCUUCCUCAUGGGCUCCAACCUGACUCUGUCCUGCCACAUCUUUGAAUGUCCACACCAAUCAAAUAUUUAUUUAGAGAUUGAAAAAAAAAGGAGAAAAGAAAGAGUAAUGCCAUCAGAAUUCAUUGGCUGCACGGCAAUAUUCUCUUUGACCAAUGUUAGAGAGCCAGAGACCAAUGUGUACUGCAAGAAACAGGACCCUGGGGCAGAUUACCGGUACUAUGUCACCGGGAUAACUCUACGCAGUGGCCUGCCACCAGAUAAACCUCUAAAUAUCAGAUGUGAAACUACAAGAAAUGCUGACUCUAUAAGCUGCAAAUGGGAAAAAGGAAGAGAGGCCUAUAAGUUCACUACCUACAAUAUUUCAAUCAAAAACAUUGGAAAUGGUUCAUGGGAAUAUUCUCAUACAGUGGAAGAUAAAGAAAACUGUACAAUACCACAAAAUAUAUUUGAUGAUAAUUCCACAUAUCAGCUGACGGUUUUUGCUGACAACCACUUUGGAAAGUCUCAUUCUGAUCCUCUGACCUUCACUUUGGAUGAUAUUGUUGUCCCUGAAAUGCCUCAGAUUAUGCAAAUAGUUAUUAAUGAAUCUUUGGUUGCUGUAUUGCAUUGGAAAACCACUGAAUCAUUUGAAAGUCUAAAGCCAAUCAUAAGAGUGCACACAACUAAUGGUCACUGGGAAGAAGCAGAGGUUUCAGAAAUUGGUAGUGGUCUGGUUCAAGUGGCCGGAUUACGCCCUCUUACAGACUAUGGUUUUCAGGUUAAAACAUGCACCAAAUCACUUGAACAAACAGAUACAAAUCUUCACACUGCAAAGAAAAUGGUUUGUAGCAAGUGGAGUUCGUCUGUGUGGAAGAAAACUCCUGGCAAAGGACCUUCUCAACCAUUACACGUUUGGAGGGAUUCAGUAUUUCCCAUGAGAAACGACCAACAAGAGGCAACUGUGUUCUGGAAGCCCCCUCCAUCAAAUGAAUACAGUGGUGAGGUCUAUCAUUAUGCCAUCCUCUCCGGUGAUGGUCAAAAACAGGAUCACCGUUGUACUCCCAUGUCCCAGUGUUCUGCAAGAGUGCCUUUGUUACCGCCAAUCAGUGUCACUGCUGUCACCCCGUAUGGGACGUCCCCUCCUGCUACUGUCCCACUCACACAAUCAGAUGCACCAGGAGCAGUUUUGAGAGAGGUGACUUCAGUAAACAGCAGUGCUGUGGCUGUCUCCUGGACCCGUCCUGAACAAAACGAGGGACUGAUGAAUUAUGUAACAGAGUGGACCACCCUUCCUCCUAAAGAAUUGCGCUGGGAAAAUGUGUCCAAAGAUCACGAACAUGCAACUAUAACAGGUCUGAUACCAGGUGUACGGUACAAUAUUUCUGUUUAUGCUGUGACCACAAGGGGCGUCAGUGCUCCAUCAUCCUCUGUUGUUUACUCCAAACAGCUAAAACCACUGUUUGGACCAAGUAUGUCAGUUUUGGUCCAUGAAUCCAACAAAGUCUUAGUGCAGUGGGACGAGCUGCCAGUGGAGCAGAGGAGAGGCUUUAUCACAUAUUACACUAUUUACUAUCACGUGUUAGAAUCCGGACGCUCUCAGCUCAGUGUGUCUGUACCAGCCUCAGGACCCAGACAGUGCUGGUUGGCCUGUCCCGAGGGGACCCUGGCUCUGCAGAUGUCUGCUUCCACUGCAGCUGGAGAGGGGCCACAGGGCAACUUCAUCACCUCCCAUCCCCCUGCUCCCUCAGUUGGCUUUGUGAUUGUCAUUGUCUUUAUCAUCAUCUUCUUCAUUGCCAUAUUAAUUAACCUGAUGUGCUGGAAAUGUGUGCGGAAAAGGAUUAAACAGAAGUGCAUUGCAUGGGGCCCAGAGUGUCUUGGGGACAACCUGCCAAAUGUGGAAAACAGCAAAGCUAUCAAACUCUUAGGGUUGGACAGGAGUGAGCCGUCCUUAUUUUCGUCAUUCAGCGACCCACCCAUGUCCCCUAUUAGUUUUCUGUCUCAGGAUGAGAGGGAGGAACUGUACCCUUUUGUCCAUGUGGAGACGGAACCAACAGAAUCUCCAAAUUAUAAUCCAAGCAUUAUUCUGGAUCCUGGCAUCUAUAAACCACAAAGACCUGCUGUCCCCUUUCCUCCAAAAGAGGAGGAGGUUGAGGAGGUUAAGGAUAAUGAAGAACAAAGCACAUCUUUACAUCAUUUUGAAGGAUUAUUGUCCCAUGUACAAGUGGACUUGAAUGCCUCACAAUUUCUGGAUACUGUGCACUGUCCCUCAUGGUUUAAAACUGAUGACAUGACUGUUGUUACAAUGGAAAAAAUCACAGACAAAACGGACUCCAAACCAGACUCGCUGCUCAUAGAACUGAGUAAAGAGAGCUCAGAUAUACCACUAGUUGAUUUUUUUGAUAACACUGAUGGAGCACUGGCUAGUGGCUAUUUCCCCCAAAUAACCUGUCCUAUAUAAGACCUGCAUAUCACACAAUGGAAUCAACAGAAUCAUUAUUGCACUACUGUGGGGAAUACAUGCAAAGUAAAAGCAUUACUUUCAUUUUAGUAUGUUGAGACUAUUAACUGUAACUAACUGCAACUGUAACUGUAUUGAGAGAUGCUGCCCCGAGCGACUGCCCUGUUCGCCCAUGCCUAGGACCACCCCUGGGUAUCACCCCAAUGCUUCUGACCAUUUGACAGUAAUGCAGAAGUCACUUUGAUAAUGUAGACAACAAACCUUAACUUAAACUGUAAAAUAACUUUUCUUUUGGGUCUUUAAUCUGCAGUGGUAUUUUCUUUGACCUAUCACAUUUUAUGAAUAAAUUAUGAUAAUUAACGCCUGAAUGUUUCUGUACUAAUGGUUGACUGCUGCCUAUUAUUGCAUUAAACCAGAUUUUACCAUUUUGCUUUAUUGACCUGAACCUGUAUUCAAAUUAAGACAGUACCUCCCUCAGUAUCUUUUCAGAAUGAACUGAAGCAAAUAAAAGUAAGGUCACACCCAGAUCAAACUAAGGGGAAGUCCCUCAAAAACCCUUCAGUGCUGAUGCCAAG